GUUGAAAUUAUGCUAUCAUCUCGAGUCAGAAUCAAGAGAGGAUGGCUGGAUAAAUAUCAGUAUGACGAAGAGGAUAGCGCAUUAUCCAGUACAAGCAGCACACAUCUACUAAAAGGAACAUUCUUUUAUAUCGGUCUCGUAGCUGGUGUCUUGGUUGGCAUUAUUAUUGUAGGCAUUGUGGUAAUCAUAAUUAGAAAAAGGAGAAGAGCGCGUCGUGGCGCAACGUCGAGCAAAGAGGAAGCAUCGUUCGAUAGAACAAAGAAAGGGUCGAAAAAAUCGAAUGCCGCAGCAGCUGAAUGAUAGUAUUGUGUGACUGAUGGUACACAAAAUCGAUGAGCAAGAAAUGUUGUGAAGCGCAAGCAUGAUUGCAGAAUAAAAUCGCC